AUAAAUCUGAACAAUCAUUUUUACUAUCUGUCAUAUUUUCUUUAAUUUGUCUUUUCGUAUGUGUGACAGUUUUAACAAGCACAUUUUCUAAAGCUAAACAAUGCAGAUCUUCGUAAAAACCCUCACGGGUAAAACCAUAACGUUAGAGGUUGAAGCCUCUGACACUAUCGAAAAUGUAAAAGCGAAAAUUCAAGACAAAGAGGGUAUUCCACCAGAUCAGCAAAGAUUGAUCUUCGCCGGCAAACAGUUGGAAGAUGGACGUACGUUGUCCGACUACAACAUCCAGAAGGAAUCAACACUUCACUUGGUGUUGAGGCUUCGAGGAGGUACCAUUGAGCCUUCCCUCCGCAUUUUGGCCAUGAAAUACAACUGUGACAAGAUGAUCUGCCGCAAGUGCUAUGCCCGCCUCCAUCCUCGCGCUACCAACUGCCGCAAGACCAAGUGUGGCCACACUAACAACCUCCGCCCCAAGAAGAAGAUCAAGGAUUAAGCAUUUCAUUUUCUUUCCACCAAAAAAAUGGCAAUUUUUUUAAAUGUAAACACUUGAAAAAAUAAAGUAAUAACCAA